GGGGCAGAACUUGAAGGGUCAUGCAGGCGUAGACGUACUCUCUUGUGGUGCUUUGAUAAACUAUAUAAAGAGUGAAUAUCUUCCUUUACUGACAGUCAUCAGCUGGUUGUUCUUCUCUGUGUCGGCCAAUCAUCACUUCAGAAAAGAUGGCAUCAGGCUUUCCAUUUGCUUUGUUGCUCUGUUUGUCCAUCGGACUGUUGGCUCCAUCCUGUUAUGGACAAACCUGCCCAGGUUCCUGCCCUCCUGGUUGGACUCCGUUCGGCUCUCGCUGUUUCAGCUUCAACAUCCAGAAAAAGACUUGGACCGAUGCAGAGACCUUCUGCAAGGCCGCCGGUGGGAAUCUGGCUUCAGUCCACUCAGCAGAGGAAUAUGAUUUCCUCAAAACCUACAUUCACCAAGUUACCGGUGAAAUCGAACGGACCUGGAUGGGAGGCUUUGACUCAGUGCAGGAGGGCGUGUGGAUGUGGUCUGAUGGAUCCAUAUUCGACUACAAAAGCUGGGCUCCGGGGAAGCCUGACAACGUCGGCGGAGUUGAGCACUGUCUUGAGAACUAUCAGGGCAAAUGGAACGACAAUUCGUGUCCCAAAACACAACCUUUCUUGUGCUCCAUGAACCUGUGAGGCCUCCCGCCAUCAUGAUCUCACUACAGCUCAUCUAUAAUCUCUUUCAUUGAUUCACUUUCAGUUUGUUGUGCAGACAGAAACAGCUCUCUGCUGACAGACUCAGUUUCACUUGUUUAUUGUCUGAGGAGUUAGGAAACAAUUCACAUUUGAGUUUUAACAUUAGACGGAAACUGACUCUCUGAGCUGGACAAAAACCUAAUCAGUUAUUGGAAUUUUAAUCUAGUGAAUAACACAAAAUGAAAUACAGAAAACAUUCAAAUACUCUGACAUCUUUUCCAUUUUAGUUUACUGAAUAUUGUCUGUUACAAACAGUGUCCACUAAUCUCAUAAAAUAAAACUUAAACACUCAUUUGAUUUCUCUAUGAGAGUUAAUAGUCUGAUCAAUACAACUCUCGUUUGUACACUAAAUAUGAAGUUCCCUGCGAGCAGACAUUAGCUUAGCUUAGCAUAAAGACUGGAAACAGGGAGGAACAUCUAGCAUGGCUCUGUCUAAAGGUAACAACAUCCACCUACCAGACAUUAGUGGUGACGAUCUUCUCAUCCAAAAUGUCCAAAUAGAAAAUAAAAGUCCAAAUGUUUUCCGAACGUUCUGUGAUAGAAGAGGAGUUUCUGGUCUGUUGGGUUCUUUAUUCAUCUGUUUUCCUUCACUUUAUAAUCAAUAAGCAUUACAAAAUAAAAGACAUAUUGUCACAAA